AUGAUUUUUUUUUCAGUAUUAAUUUUUCUUUCUUUUCUCUUUUUUGUUAAUAUUUGUCUUUCAUCAUUUCCUUUUUCCUUAAUAUUUUCUUUCUAUUUUUCUCUUUUUUCUUCUUUAUCCGUUUUUCUUUACUAUUUUCUUAGUUUCUUUCUUUCUUCCUUCCUUUUUAUCUUUUUCAUUAAUAUUUUCCUUCUGUUUUCUCUGACUUUAUUUCCUCUUCUUCCGCUUUUCCUUGAAUAUUUUCAUAAUUUCUUUCUUUUCUCUUUUUCCUUGAUAGUUUUUUUCUUUCUUCUUUCCUUGCUUUUCUCUUUUUCCUUGAUAUUUUCUUCCUUUUUCCUUAAUAUUUUCUUUCUUUAUUUUCUAAUUUUUUGCACAUUUUGCUUUAAUAUUUUCUUAGUUACCUUCCUUUCUUUACUCUUUUUCCUCAAUUUUUUCUUUCUUUUUUUCUCCUUUUUCCUUAAUAUUUUCUUUCUUUCUUUCUUUCUUUUUUUCCUUAAUAUUCUCUUUCUCCUUAAUAUUUUCUUUUUUCCUCUUUUUCAGUUUUUUUCCUUAAUAUUUUCUUUCUUUAUUUCUUUCCUAUUUUUCAGGUUUUCCCAUAAUUUUUCUAUCCUUCUUUCUUUCCGUUUUUCCUUCAUAUUUUCUUUCUUUUUCUCUUUCUUUAUUUCUUCUUCUUCUGCUUUUUCUUUAAUAUAUUCUUUCUUUCUUUCUUUCUUUCUUUCAUUACUCUUUUUCCUUCAUAUUUUCUUUCGUUUUUCCUUAAUAUUUUCUUUCUUUCCUUUUCCGAUUUUUUUCCUAUAA